CUUCUCUAUAAAUAGAGUUGAUCCAUUUGAAAAAAGAAACAUCGAGGAAAGAUUUGAGCGCUCACAAGUCACAACAAUCAUUUCUUCUUUUCAAUUUCGGUUUUGAAGCAACAUGGCAACUACCGCGCUUCCGAUGUACAUAGUAAUGAAUGUACCAAAAGCUGCUACAAACACUUAUCUAUACCGCAAGGACGACGAUGGGUCCGUAGUUGACGGAGAAGACAGCAUGUUUAGCCCGCUCGUGAAGAUCGGAGUCCAGCAAGCUGCAGUCAACACCAAAUACGUCCACCUACUAUUCUGUUACAGCAACAGAUACUGGCAGAAGAGCUACGACAACAACACCAUCGUUGCCGUAUCCACCAAGCCCGAAGAGGACACGACGAAGCCGUCGUGCACGCUCUUCGAGCCAACUCUGCAGGCGGACACGCUCUACUUGACCCACGUUCAGACCGGCUGGCGCGUCAUGAUGAACAACUCCACCAAGGGUUUCUACGUCGACCCAAACAGCGUCGGCGCGCCGCUAGGGUUUGUGGAUUGGGACACGUUGGUGAAACUGCCUGAGCACUUGGCGUUCAAGGGAGAUAAUGGCAAGUACCUCAAGGCAUUUUACACCGAAAAUCACAACUACUUCCAGUUCAGCUCCGACGAUCCCAACGACGGCUUAUGCGGCCUGGUGGUCUCGCUGAUGAACGACGGCUACGUCCGGAUAAAUUCCGACUUCUGGAGCAAGUUCUGGCGACGGAGCCCUAACUGGAUAUGGGCCGACUCCACCGACGUCACGGCCAACAACAAGGACACUCUCUUCUGGCCCGUCAAGAUCGACGACACCACCAUUGGGCUCCGGAACGCCGGCAACAACAACUUCUGCAAGCGCCUAACCACGGAGGGGAAGACGAGUUGCCUCAACGCGGGGGUCUCCAACCUGACCACCGAAGCGAGGUUGCAGGUGCAGGAGCUGGUGAUGAAUCGGAAGAUCUACAACGUGGUUUACCGAAUGGAGGACGCGAGGAUAUAUGGCGAGACACCGUUUGUGGCCGGCACCUCCGUCGUCACCAAUAACGGGGACCAGGUGGCCUCCAACACCGUCAUGAUUUCCUAUGAAAACAGCAUAACUUACUCUUUCCAAAACAGCGUGUCGAUAACGGCGGGGGUCAAAAACACCAUCACGGCUGGCGUGCCCGAGAUCGCGCAGGCUAGCAUUGAGAUCAGUUUUGAUAUCAACACGUCGAUGGAGUGGGGCGAGAGCAAGACAAAAACAACGACUGUCACGGCGACGGGCUCAAUUGCUGUGCCGCCAAUGAGUGUAUCUACCGUCAGUUAUGUGGGGACGAUGGGCAUCUGCAAUAUCCCCUUCUCCUACACUCAGCAGGACACCAAAUCCACUGACGGAUCAAUCACUUAUACUAAUCAGAUCGAUGGUGUUUACACUGGCGUCAAUGCUUACAACUUCAACUUCGUCAUCGAGAAAUCUCAGCCUUUCGUCUGAUCUCAUCACGUUCGAUUUUCAUUCCUGUUGUUGUGUGCAUUUCUAGUUCAGGGUUUUAUUCAUCAACUUCUUCCAAGUUGGUUUUUAAUUUCCCCCUCUUUAUGUGUGUGCUGAUAAUAAUCUGGCUGGCUACUAGCCUCCUUUGUGUGCUGAUAAUAAUCUGGCUGGCUACUAGCCUCCUUUGAUUAAUAAUAAUCAUCUGUUUGUUUGCUUUCUUUA